CAGCACUCCGGGCGACUAUUUUGAGGAUAAGCAGCUAAGAAGUUGAAUGGAUGGACUAAAAGGCUCACAUUUUCUCCAGAUGACAUGGCUCUACGGAGCGCAAAGGCUUGGCUAAAAACCACGCGUACGCGCGCCCAGGCCCGUGAAACAUGAAGAAGCUCUACACUUUAGAAAAAGAGUUAGGACGAGGCAGCUAUGGUGUGGUCUUUGAGGGUCAUAUAGCCAAAACAGGACAAAAGGUGGCUAUUAAGCGUCUGCCCUGCAGAGACCCGGAAUGCAUUGAACUCUAUUUGCAAGAACUGUGGGCCAUGAGAGCCACAGCCAAGAACCAUGUCAACAUUAUUGCACUCCAUAGCUGCCUCUUGCAGACAGGAGCGAGGAAUUUGAAACCCUUAAGAAACAGGAAGGUGCCUUUACAUCUAAUUGAAAGUGUGCUGAAAGGAAGAGUUCGUCAAGUUAGAGGUUCCCAGUCAAACCUUCGAAGGAGGACUAACUCUGUGUCCAGACUUGAAGACAGGACCAAUUCUCCUUCAUCAAACUCCACCUGCUCUCUAACUCCACAAAGACUUCCAAAAAGAGACAGAAAAAGGCUGUUCCAGGGAGUGGGCGAGCAGUCUGGAUCAAUGUGCUGCUCAGCCUUGUGGCUCGUAAUGGAGUACUGUGACGGAGGUGACUUAAAUCAGUACCUGCUUUCCAGGCCACUGGACACCCAUGCGAACCAUAGUGUGGUGCAGCAGCUCAGCAGUGCCGUAGCCUUCCUGCAUAAUCUCGGUAUAAUCCAUCGAGACCUAAAGCCUGACAAUGUGCUUGUCAGUGUUACACCGAGUGGUCCUAUUUUUAAGGUUGCUGACUUUGGUCUGAGCAAGAUGAGUGAGAGCCUAGGGGAUGGAAACCUGACCAGAAAGCACUUCUCUUCUACAUGUGGCUCAGACUUUUACAUGGCUCCAGAGGUUUGGGGUGGACUGACCUACACAGCUCAGGCAGACAUCUUCUCGCUUGGUGUGAUGUUUUGGGCCAUCCUGGAGAGAAUCACCUUCAUUGAGGAAGGUACCACACAGGAACAACUUGGUGCUUACGUGUGUAAGGGUCGCUGGUUGAUGCCUCUUGGUGAAGCUUUGUGGGAGAACGCUGAUCUCCAGCUGUGUAUUCCAAUGAAGUGGAAGAGAGCACGCCCGGUCGCAACCCCUCCCGGCCCAGAGACGUGUGGCCUGCUUUUCGACAUGCUCUCCUCAAACCCAGAUUCCCGGCCCACAGCGGACCAGCUGGAGUCCAGAGUGUGCAGCGCCCUGAAAGAGGACUCCCACUGAGACAAAGCACUCCUAAUUGCCACUGCCAGCGGAUGGAAACAUUUACCGUGGAGCCAACCGACUGUGACGUUUCCUCCAUGAGUAAAUAAUAGUGGAGAUAAGGUAAAGCAAGGCCUCCUCCAAUGAUUCAAGGUGAUUGCAGCCCUUGAAGUGGUUGCUUAGCUUUUCAUUAAAGAGUCUUGUUCUUGAUCAUUAUGGGCCAGCCUGUUUUGCAAAUACAGGUACAUUUUUUAGACAGGGAGUUCUCAUCCUUUGCAUAUUUGGGUAAUCUGAAAAUGGAUGUAAGAUUUCCAGUCAAGGUGCUUAUUGGAUUGAAUGGAGUCAGAGAUCCAACUUGUAAACAAAUGGCUGAAGGACAUUGUUCUGCGGGACUCCAUUUAUUUACUUUUUCACAACAAAGUAUGAAUAUAUCAGCAUUUAAUCGGCAAAUGUCCAGCCAGUAAGGAUUAUUUUGAAAAGGACUACUGUCGGCUGAUAAAGUCUUGUUUUUGGAUUAUGCUAGAAUAUAUUCAUCCUAUCUACAGUAUAUUUAAUAUCCCGAUUAAGAUCCAAUUUUCAAUUUGGUAACUCCCCAAUUUAUUCUUAAUAAAACGUU